GGGAGCCAGAGAGGUGAGUCAGAACUGGAGGUGGAAUAAGUCUGAGUAGGCAGUCCAGAGAACUGGAGGGGAAAUGAGAUUCUGAGAAAGCGGUCCAGGGUUAAGGAAGGAGUAGAUUUUCUUUGUUGCAGACAGUGAUUAAAGGAAAGGUUUUUCUGCUGGUAGGAGAAGGAAGUCAGAAUAGAGGUAUUGUGGGAUUGGUUUGCUUAGAGCAGAAAUCAAAGGCCAACUUUUCCGAGAGCAAGAAAUAACAUCUGCAAAUGAAAUGCUGUUCCUGCAACUUCCAUUGCUAGAGGUUCUCCUCCCAGGUGGUGACAAUAAAGAUGAUUUCCAGGAGCCGGUCUCCUUCCAAAUCAUCCGGAUCUAUUCUUUUUACAAUCAUUCCUGGGUACAAACUCUGGGCUCAGGUUGGUUGGGUGAGUUGCAGACACAUGGGUUGGAGAGCAACUCUGGCAGUUACAUUUUCCUGUGGCCCUGGUCCAAGGGCAACUUCAGCAAUGAGGAGUGGAAGGAACAGGAAAAGUUAUGCUUUACGUCCUCCAUUCAAUUAAUCCAGGCAUUUCAAAACCAUGCCAGUCAAUGGCAGCUUGACUAUCCCUUUGAGUUACAGACGGCAGCAGGUUGUGAGCUGCACUUUGGGGGAGCCUCAGUAGGCUUCAUGCACAUUGCUUAUCAAGGAUCAGAUUUCAUGAGCUUCCAGAACAAUUCAUGGUUGCCAUCUCCAAAGGGUGGAAGUAGGGCUCAGCAUGUCUGCAGCCUAUUCAAUUUGAAUCAAGUUGGCCUGGAAAGAGCAGACAGGCUCGUCAGUGACAUCUGUCCACGUCUCCUUCUGGGACUUCUUGAUGCGGGAAAGGCAGAUCUCCAGAGACAAGUAAAGCCAGAGGCCUGGCUGUCCACUGGCCCCAGUCCUGGUCCUGGCCAUCUGAUGCUGGUUUGUCAUGUCUCUGGCUUCCACCCAAAGCCUAUUUGGGUGAUGUGGAUGCGGGGUGAGCAGGAGUAUAUGGGCACUCAGCGAAGUGACAUCUUGCCCAAUGCUGAUGGGACAUGGUAUCUUUGGAAGUCCUUGGAUGUCGAGGCCACUGAGGCAGCUGGCCUGUCUUGCCGUGUGAGACACAGCAGUCUAGGAGGCCAGGACAUCAUCCUCUACUGGAGACAUCACAAUUCCAUGGUCUUGAUCUUCUUGGCAGUGAUAGUGCCCCUGGUGCUUCUGACAGGUCUCGCAUUUUCGCUUUGGAAGCGCUGGUGAGUUCUUUGUAUCCAUCCUUCCCUCUCUUUGCCCCACUCCCCACUUGUCUUCCCAUCUUUUUUGUUUACUCUUUCCUCAUUUCUUCUCCUCCCAGUUCCCUUCCUUCUUACUCUUCACUUUUUGCCUCUACCUCCUGCACAGUGACUUCCAUAUCUGUUGUU